UAGCGUUUGGGUUCAGAUAUGGCAUUCAAAAUCGAGUCAGUUGUAAUGCUCCUUUUGGUCAUUCUUUUGGUCAACAACCCUGGUCUUCUUACGGUAAAAGGGGGUGACUCUCGAUGCUGGUCUAUGAAUGGUAGAUGUCAAUAUACAUAUGAACCUUGUUUCCAAUAUAAACCAGGAUACUGUGCUGGAGCCACUAACAGACAAUGUUGUGUUCGUGGAGCGGAUGUACAAUGCUGGAGGGCACGUGGUACCUGCCAAAAUAAAUCGAACUUCUGCAGUGGCAGAUAUCUGAGAGGUCUAUGUGGUGGAGGUCUAUCACGCCAAUGUUGUGUAUAGCUCCUCUUAUCUUGAAAAUAAAACCGGUGUGGUUGUA